CUUCUCUGUUCACUACAGUCACCUUCUCUGAGCUCAUUUCUACACUUACACGUUCUUUUAUAUCUCGCUCAUUUUACAGGGAUUUUCUACGCAGCCAUCACUAACGACAAUGGCGAUUGAAAGUUGUCGGUCGUCCUCAUCCUCGAGCUCGAGCUCGAGCACAGGUUACUCGUCGUCGUCCUCCGCUUCCUCAAACGCAGACGAGUCUACAGAUUCUCCUACUCUAAGUCCCACCCACAAACUGUUUACAUUUAAAUGCGACUUGGGAUCCAGUAACCACACAUUUUCCUCGCCUAUUGCCAGAAUCUUCCCCACUUUGUUUCAAACUCCCUUGGAUACUCCAACUCGUACAUAUAUCUCUGAAUCAAGUAAGCGACGUUCCCGAGCCUCCAGCUUUUUAGGUCAAAAGCGGCGAUCUUCUUCACGUCGAAAUCCUUCUGCAACUCGUUCUUCCCUCUUGACGCGAUGCUCCGAACUCUGGUUCAACGACGGAAACAUCGUCUUGAUUGCUGAGCAACAAUUUGCUUUCAAGGUCCAUAGAGGGGUUCUUGCACGCCAUUCAGAGGUGUUUGCUGACAUGUUUGGAGUCCCUCAGCCCAUGGAGAUGGAGGUUGACGCGGAUCUAGAGGGGUGCCAACACGUCGAAAUGCCACACGACCUCGCAGACGAUAUUUAUCAUUUUCUCAAGUCGAUAUAUGAUGGAUUAUACUUCAUGACGAGACGCCGCUCAAGCCAAUUUCCCUCACUUUCUAGUGUACUCCGCCUCUCCACGAAAUAUAUUGCUCCUGUACUACACCAAAGAUGCAUGGAUCAGCUCUCCGCCGACUGGCCAACUACACUUGAUGCCUGGGACACAAGAGAAUCCGAAGCUACAGACGAAAGGGGUGUUUAUCUUCCAAGGGAAUCUUCCGCACAUCCGGUAGUUGUGAUAGAGUUGGCAAAUGAAAUGGGUCUAGUGGAUCUUUUACCAAGUGCAUUCUACGAUCUAUCAAGAUACGGCCCCAGCAAGAUCUUGGUCGGGGCUCCUGGACGGGCCAGGCUAUUGCAGAAGGAGAAGACCCAAAAGAAUUGCGAUCAAGACCUCGAGACAUCAAAGCCCGUCACGCUUACUGAGGAUUUAUUCGUUAGAACACUUCAAGGUCGCGAACAAGCCCAGAGAUUCUUGCAUUCGUUCAUUAUGACACACAUCUGGAAUCGAGCACCUUCAGUGGACUGUUUCUACCAAAGCGAAUACGGGAGUGGCGGUAGGGCAUGCCAGGAAUCGUUUUACUUCAUCACCUUGAACGUGCUGCGGGCUGUGGGUGGGAUUGCGUGUGGGAGAGAUGCCGACCCUUUGUUUACACUGAGACAAGCAGUCGAUAUGCUUUCAAGGAUGGAUUUCAUUGACGGCAGUGGCUGUGGUACUAACACUGGAGAAAAGAGAUGUGGGUUGCGAUUGUGUGGAGCGUGCAAGGCUGAUUUUACCGAGGCUUGUGGAAAUGCAAGGAAACAUGUUUGGAUGCAGUUGCCGGAGUGGUUUGGUUUGCAGGACGUUAUCGGCGGUACUUGGGGAACAGCUGAGUAAGGAUAUCAAGACUUAAGUACGCUAUUCAGGGACGCUGGGACGCAUCGGGGCAUACUACCGAAGUCAGCUUGACUUACAAUAUACAUACUUUUUUAUUGUAU